AAAUGAAAGGACCGAAAUAUAUCGAGACGGAUAAUAUUCUUAAAAAAUUUAGAGAAAGAUCCUUCAGGAUCCACCAAGAAAAGCUCCAGAAAAUAAAAAGACGCACUAAUAAGAAUCAGAGGUACCUACAUAAGAGACAGAGCAAGCAUGAAACUGCCCCAAAUGAGGGUGAUUUUAGCAGAUUAUCAGGACCAGGUGGCUCCCCUCCAAAGUUCUCGAUUUACUCUCAAAACUCAAUGCAAAAUAUCAUAAACACAGAGGAUGAUUAUUCCUUAAUGAGCAUGAUAAAACAGACAAAACGAAAGAACUUUGAGUACAGAAUGAUGCAACAAAAUAAUAGGAUCAGCCAGCAGAAUACAGCCUUGAUUAACAAAUUAGUCAAGAUUUCUAGCUCAAACAAUUCUCUACCCCAUAGAAAGUCCAUGAAGCUAGAUAGCUUAAAUAUCCAUGUGAGAAAGAAUGAGUAUGAGAGGAUCAUACAUGAGAAUACUAAAAUUUAACAGAAGACUAAAUGGCCUCAAACCUCAUAUUAAUAUGCGCCAGAUAGCUUCAGAAUAUAAAUCUCAACAUUUGUAUCAUAGUAGGAGGUUACAGAAGAUGAAGAGGUAUAGAAGCAAGAAAUCUAUUGAUAAUGACAAUUUUAAAACAAAAUUACCUGCUAUUAGAAAUCACAGUCAGGAGAACAUAAGAUCCCCAGGAGCUAUUGGGAUUCCUCCAAGUUUUGACAAUUUCGAUAAAAAUAAAAACAAAGGAAAAGUAUCAGAUUCGAUAAAGGGCCAGAAUAAAGAUAUCUUUAAUAAGCCUAUCCCUCAAGUUGUAAGGAAGGAGCAAAAUAAAGAUGCUGAGCAAAAGGAGAACUUAAAAGGAUCUGUUUCAAAGCCAGAACCUCCGAAGAUUCCUCAAAAUUCUUUAACUCCAGACCAUGAAAAGAAAGAACUCGAGCCUAUUAAAGAAGAUAAACAAAAGAAAGUCCCAGAAAAAUCUCAGCAACCUUCAAAGCCAGAGGAUAAUAAACAAGAUAAAAUUACCAAACCAGAAGAAAUUUCUAAGAAAGUUGAGCCUAAGAAGUUAGAUGUAGAGAUGAAACAUGAGGAGGAUAAAACUCAAGCUGAAAAUAAACCUCAAGAAAUAAAACUAAAUAAUCAGAAGCAAGACCAUAAAGAGGUUGGCAAACCAGAAAAUCUUAAAGAAGACCCACAGAAAUCUGAGAAAGAAGAACUAGAUCCGGAGAAGGAAGAAAAGAAAUCUGAUAAGGAAGAAAAGAAAUCUGAGAAGGAAGAAAAGAAAUCAGAAAAAGAAGUUAUCGAGGAACAGCCCAAACAACACCUCAAGAAAGAACAGGAGGAAAUAAAAGAAUCUCACAAUAUAAAAGAAGAAAAGAAACUAGAAAUAGUUCAUGAAAAUGCUGACCAGAAACCUCCUCCUUCACGUGAAAAUAACACAAAUGUUCUCAAGAAGAGGCCAUCUCUGGGACUUGCUGAUAAGGAGCAGAAGGAAGAGAUUAAGCAGAAGUCUCCUGAAGAAGUUGACUCAAAGCUUAAGGAGGAUAAGCCCAAAAAUGAGCCUGGAGAAAAUUCUUAUAAGCAAGGAAGUAGAGAGAGCGAUCAAAGUCUUGACCAAUUUGACAUUAACCAAAUAGAGAACGAGUCAAUGAAUUCUCCAACAAAAAGUAGGAAUUAA